AUGAGUAGUACCAAGUUGGGGAAGGAACGCUUUGACCUGGCCGAGGCUCUUUAUCGCGACCGUCAGCGUGUGGAAAAUAACCGAACGCUGCCGUGGCGUGCACGUAUAAAGCAACUUCAGUCGUUUCCGUGGAAAUUUUUUUUUGCAUUUAUGUUGUUUUGGUCAUGGCUGGGGACUUAUGUGGUGCCUUAUGUGAAGGGCAUGCACCCACGUGAACUUCCUGCUCUUGGAGAGGGAAUACGCAUUCCGGAGGAGCUUCAGCAGCGAGCCACACCAAUGCCGGCGUUUAUGCACAGGGCAAAUGAUGAUAAACUGCACAAGUAA